AUGAUUGUGUUCCUUGUUGCUCUCUUCCAACUGGGAACUUCUUUGAAUCCACGUAGAGAAGCGUUGAACUUCAUGGCUUCACUUUCCAAGCAUUACUCAUUACGUGAUCCGGAUAUUAUACAUCCAGAGUAUCAACAUAUUAGCGGUGAAGAUGGCACAACAAUUCUUGGCACAUACGGUUUGUGAGCAGAAUUUCUUGGUUUCUAGAGCUCCGAAAUCAGUUCUAGACCGGAAAUUUGAACUUAGGAGCUAUUUUCAGGCUUUCGGAGCUCAAAAAUCAGUUCUAGAGUGUAAAUUUGAGCGGAAAUAGGAGCUAUUAUUUACAGAAAAAGAAGUUGCGAAUGUGAAAGCAUUCACCGAGGAAGACGUGAAAGUAUAUGCAUACAACUACAAGAUCGCGGCUGGAGCAAAUAUCGAUGACAAACAUUUUUGGAGUUCUCAAAUUGCACAAUUCACCAAGGAUGGCCUACUUGAGGUAAAGAUAUAUAGAAAUAAUAAGGCGCUUGGAACAUUUGUGGGAAAAGCUGAUGCGAAUAUUGAAGGCGGCUACAAAUUUUAUCGAUUUUAUUCGUAUUUGGAAUGA